AUGGCAUCAGAGCUGGCAAUGAGCAACUCCGACCUGCCCACCAGUCCCCUGGCCAUGGAAUAUGUUAAUGACUUCGAUCUGAUGAAGUUUGAAGUGAAAAAGGAGCCGGUGGAGCCCGAUCGCAGCAUCAACCAGUGCAGCCGCCUGGUCGCCGGGGGAUCCCUGUCUUCUACCCCGAUGAGCACGCCUUGCAGCUCGGUUCCCCCCUCUCCAAGCUUCUCGGCGCCCAGUCCGGGAUCAGGGAGCGAACAGAAGGCGCACUUGGAGGAUUUCUACUGGAUGACCGGGUACCAACAGCAGUUGAACCCCGAAGCUCUGGGCUUUAGCCCGGAGGACGCCGUAGAGGCGCUGAUCAGCAGCAGUCACCAGCUCCAGACCUUCGAUGGCUAUACCAGAGGGCAGCAGUUCGGCGCCGCGGCCGGGGCAGGAGGCGCCAUGGCCGGGGAGGAGAUGGGAUCAGCGGCCGCCGUGGUGUCCGCGGUCAUCGCGGCAGCCGCGGCUCAGAACGGCGCUCCCCACCACCACCACCAUCACCACCACCACCACCACACAGGGGCACACCAUCCCUCCUCCGGGUCCCAGUCCGGCGGCGGUCCGGUGGGGAGCCACCAGCACAUGCGCCUGGAGGAGCGCUUCUCGGACGAGCAGCUGGUGACCAUGUCGGUGCGGGAACUGAACCGGCAGCUGCGGGGGGUCAGCAAGGAGGAGGUGAUCCGGCUCAAACAGAAGAGGAGGACGCUAAAGAACAGAGGCUAUGCCCAGUCCUGUCGGUACAAGCGCGUCCAGCAGCGGCACGUCCUGGAGGGGGAGAAGACGCAACUCAUGCAGCAGGUGGACCACCUCAAGCAGGAGAUCUCCCGGCUGGCCAGGGAGAGGGACGCCUACAAGGAAAAAUACGAGAAGCUCAUCAGCACCGGCUUCAGAGAAAACGGAGGAUCCAGCAGCGACAACAACCCCUCGUCUCCGGAGUUUUUCAUGUGA